CUGGGGCCGGGUCGCGGUCACUCCCCCUGCCGCGAAGGGAGCAACGGAGGGCGGGCCCUCGAGGCCUAUUUCUGUUUUUGCAGUCGCGGGAACAGCCAGGCUCGUCGUUCACGUUGGAGAAAGGAAGAGGAGAAAGGGUGAAAUGUUGCAAGCGGCGGUGCGGAGUCCCUGCCGGCUGCUGCCCCGGGCGGCGCCGGCCAUCCGCCUCUCCUGCAGAGCCUGGUCCGCCGCCGCUGUCCCUGCGCCCAACCCGCGGCCGGAGAUCACCUACGACAAAAUCUUCAUCAACAACGAAUGGCAUGAUGCAGUCAGCAAGAAAACAUUUCCGACCAUCAACCCGUCCACAGGGGAGGUUAUCUGCCAGAUUGCCGAGGGAGACAAGGCAGACGUCGACAAGGCCGUGAAGGCAGCCAAAGAGGCAUUCAAGUUUGGAUCUCCUUGGAGGCGGAUGGACGCCUCCCACCGGGGCAAGCUGUUGAACCGCCUUGCUGAUCUGGUUGAGAGGGACCGGACAUACCUGGCGGCUCUGGAAACUUUGGACAAUGGCAAGCCAUACUCAAUUGCCUACCUGGUGGAUUUAGACAUGGUUAUCAAACACCUACGGUACUACGCAGGCUGGGCGGACAAAUUGCACGGGAAGACCAUUCCGCUGGAUGGAGACUUCUUCACUUACACACGGCAUGAGCCUGUCGGGGUCUGUGGACAGAUCAUUCCAUGGAACUUCCCGUUGCUGAUGCAGGCCUGGAAGCUGGGCCCAGCGCUGGCCACGGGGAAUGUGGUGGUAAUGAAGCUGGCUGAGCAAACUCCCCUGACUGGUUUGUACAUGGCCAGCCUGGUCAAAGAGGCAGGAUUCCCGCCAGGAGUGGUGAAUGUUAUUCCCGGUUUUGGGCACACUGCAGGGGCCGCCAUUUCCUCUCACAUGGAAGUGGAUAAAGUUGCCUUCACUGGCUCCACAGAGGUUGGGCACCUGAUCCAGAAGGCUGCAGCAGAGAGUAAUAUGAAGAGGGUGACACUUGAGCUUGGUGGAAAGAGCCCCAAUAUCAUCAUGUCUGAUGCUGAGAUGGACUGGGCUGUCGAGCAAGCUCAUUCUGCCUUGUUCUUCAAUCAAGGACAGUGCUGCUGCGCUGGUUCCCGGACGUACGUCCAAGAAGAUAUAUAUCAUGAGUUUGUGGAGAGGAGUGUGGAGAGAGCCAAAUCCAGAGUGGUUGGAAACCCGUUUGACUUCGAAACAGAGCACGGGCCUCAGGUGGACGAGACUCAAUAUAAGAAGAUCCUUGGAUACAUUAGUACAGGACAAAAGGAAGGCGCUAAAUUGCUCUGUGGUGGCAAUCCAGCUGCAGACAGAGGUUACUUUAUCCAGCCAACCAUCUUUGGAGAAGUGCAGGACAACAUGACCAUUGCAAAAGAGGAGAUAUUUGGGCCAGUCAUGCAGAUCCUGAAGUUCAAAACCAUUGAGGAGGCCAUCCAGAGGGCCAAUGACACCAAAUAUGGGCUGGCGGCAGCAGUUUUCACAAAAGACAUUGACAAAGCCAACUACAUUUCCCAGGGUUUGCGUGCUGGAACUGUCUGGAUCAACUGCUACAAUGUGUUUGGCACGCAGGCACCAUUUGGUGGGUACAAAGCAUCUGGACAAGGUCGUGAAGGGGGAGAAUAUGGCCUGACACCAUACAUGGAAAUAAAAACGGUAACCAUCAAAGUUCCACAGAAGAAUUCUUAAAGACCAUCUGCCACUUCAUCAACAUAUCUGAAACCACCUGUGUAAGCUUUUAGUCCUCUCGAUAGCAGCAUUUAAGCAGGAUUUUAUCAGAGAAGCCUCCUUUGUGAAGUAAACCUUGACUUCUACAACCUAAGAA